AUGCACACAAAGAGAACAAAAAUUGAAGAAGAUACAAAUAUUUUACAAGAUGGAACUUUAAUUGACCUCUGUGGAGCAACUUUAUUAUGGCGUUCGGCAGAAGGUCUUAGCAGAUCUCCAACAAGGCAACAUCUUGAAGAAAAAUUGGAUGAAUUAAAUGCUGGAAGACCACAAUGUCCAGUUGGACUUAAUACACUGGUUAUACCACGCAAAGGAACGCUUUCAGCAAAUGAAAAGCAACCUUAUGUAUAUUUAAACUGUGGACAUGUGCAAGGUUUACAUGACUGGGGACAAGAGAAGAAUUCUAAUGUUCGUAUUUGCCCCAUAUGUUUAGAGGUUGGACCUAUCGUGAAAUUAUGUAUGGGUAUUGAACCAGCAUUUUAUGUUGAUAUUGGACCUCCAACUUUUGCCUUUAACCCAUGUGGUCAUAUGGCAUCAGAGAAAACAGUAAAAUAUUGGGCAUCAAUUCCUAUACCUCAUGGUACAAACACCUUUCAUGCUGCAUGCCCAUUCUGUGCAACACCAUUGUCUGGACAUCCUGGUUAUGUGAGACUUAUAUUUCAAGAUCAUGUCGACUGAGCUCAAAUACUUUCUGGAGCCAACACAAAUCGGAAUUGUUGUUUAUAUAUAAAACAAAUUAUAUAUA